AUGGGGUCGUCGGAGGCCGACGAGGACCAGCUCCUCAAGAGCUUCCUCGCGGAGGUCAGCGAGGCCGAGCGGGACAACGAAGUGCUCAGGAUACUUGGUUGCUUCAAGUUAAACCCCUUCGAGCAUCUUAAGUUGUCUUUUGAUUCACCACUAGAUGAGGUGAAAAAGCAAUAUAGGAAGUUGUCAUUGUUGGUCCAUCCUGAUAAAUGCAAGCAUCCUCAGGCACAAGAAGCUUUUGCAGCUCUGGCAAAAGCACAACAGCUCCUGCUUGAUCCACAGGAAAGAGGCUACAUUCUUGACCAAGUUACUGCUGCAAAAGAAGAAUUGAGGGCAAAACGGAAAAAGGAGCUGAAGAAAGACAGUGCGUCCAAGAUAAAAUCUCUCGUAGAUGAGGGAAAAUAUGAAGAGCAGUUUGAACGAUCGGAUGAAUUUCAGAAGCAGUUAAUUAUUAAAGUACGUGAAAUUUUGACGGAGAAAGAAUGGCGUCGGAGAAAAAUGCAAAUGAGGAUAUCAGAGGAAGAAGGAAGACUUAAGAAAGAUGAGGAAGAAACGAAAGAGAUGUGGAAGAGGAAGAGAGAGCAUGAAGAGAAGUGGGAGGAGACCAGAGACCAGCGGCAGCCACCAAUCCACCUCUACAUCGCCGGCACCACCGCUGCGUUCCCGGCUGAGGUCACGAGACGCACCAACCUCUCCGUGCUCUGCAUGUCUGCAGCGAAGCUCGGCGGCGCCAUCCCGCCGGAGAUCGGCGACCUCGUCAACCUUGUCGACCUCGAGCUCUCCGACAACGACCUCACCGGCGAGAUCCUGCCGGAGAUCACGAGGCUCACCAACCUCACGCAGCUCAAGCUCUACAACCACUCGCUCCGCGGCGCGCCCCCGCCGGCUUCGGCAGACUCACCAAGCUGCAGCACUUCGUUCAACGCGUCCCAGAACAACCUCACUGGCACCCUCGCCGAGCUCCGGUCCCUCACACGGCUCGUGUCGCUGCAGUUGUUCUUCAAUGGCUUCAAUGACGAGGUGCCCCCAGAGUUCGGCGAGUUCAAGGUGCUCGUCAACCUGUCCCUCUACAGCAACAACCUCACCGGCGAGCUGCCGCGCAGCCUCGGCAAGCUCCUAGAGGUCCGCCCCGCCAUGGCCGCCAUGGGCAGCAGCCGUAGUUUGACCUUCGUGCGAUGGCGGACGAGAUCCUGCAGGACGUCUACACAUUCAGGUUCUGGAGGCCCGGCAUGGAGUUGGCCGUCAAGCACGUCCGGCGGAAGGACGGCGCGGGAGCUCCGCCCUGCCAUUGUCGUCGGCGUGGGAGGUGUUGGUGGAGAUGGCCAAGGAGGCGUGGGGGCAUGCGUUCGGGCAAGGCUGCAAGCAGGGCGGGGCGGGGCGACAUGGCUGGACGCCGGCGAGGCCUGGAGUAGGGCGGACACGGUGGACACCAUGGCCAUGGAGAAGUGA